GACAUGACGUAACAAACCUACCCGUGCAGCAGCUGUAUUCGCCGCACCUCCUCCCCUCCGCCUCCGGUUCACGGAUUUCUUCACCUUGCGAAAUUCUCCUCUCCACCACCACCACCUCCUCCUCCCCCAAAUCUCUGCUCCAGAAGCUUCCCGGCCCGCGAUUCGAGGUCCGGAUCCUUCGCCGUGAGGCGGGGCCGCGGUUUUUUUCGGUGGGUUCGGGAGCCGGCGCGGGAGCUGAUCUGGUUCGCCGGGGGCGCGGCGGGGAAUGCUCUACCUCAAGCUGCCGCGGAGGAUUUAGGGUUCCGGCGAGGGGCGGCACGGCGGGGAUCCGGCAGCGUCGGCGGGGCCUGAGGUGGCGCGAGCGGGUGAUCCGGCCGGGCAGGCCAUGGCGAUGGCUGCGAUGGGGCAGGAGGCGGAGGCGACCUGCCUGCAGAGCUUCGAGCUCUACGAGAGCGAGUCGAGACUUUACAUUCUUGGAACUAACUCUGACAAAACACUUUGGAGGUUACUCAAGAUUGAUAGAUUGGAGUCAUCAGAGCUUGACAUAGAUGAGUGUUCUACUGUAUAUACAGAAAGUGAAUAUCCUGACCUGUUGAAAGGUCUUAAUGAAGACCACAGGUCAACUGGCGGGGUAAAUUUUGUUACAAAAUUUUACGGCAUAAUUGGUUUCAUUAAGUUCCUUGGGCCAUAUUACAUGCUAAUUAUUACAGAGCAGAAAAAAAUUGGGGAAAUAUUUGGUCAUCCGGUGUACCAGAUGACAAAAACUUCAAUGGUCGAGUUAGCAAAUUCUAAGACACAAUCUUCUUUUCAAAACUCCAAGGAAGAGAACAGAUACAAGAAGAUCUUGAACGCACUUGAUCUUAGGAAGGAUUUCUUUUUCAGUUACUCGUACCAUAUCAUGAGAAGCCUUCAGAAGAACUUGAGUGAUCCACAGGAUGGAUGGACUUUAUACGAGACAAUGUUUGUGUGGAAUGAGUUUCUGACACGAUGGAUCCGCAAUUGUCUCAGAAAUACUUUGUGGACUGUUGCAUUAGUCUAUGGUUUUUUUAAGCAGGAUAAAUUCUCAGUAUCUGGGAAGGAUAUUAUGUUCACGCUCAUUGCUAGACGUUCGAGGCGUUAUGCUGGAACCAGAUAUUUAAAGAGGGGGGUGAAUGAGAAGGGCAGAGUAGCAAAUGAUGUUGAGACUGAGCAAAUUGUAUAUGAAGCUGUGCCUGGACCUACAGAAGUAAGUUCUGUUGUGCAGAACAGGGGUUCGAUCCCGUUAUUCUGGUCACAGGAGACAUCAAAGUUGAAUCUUAAACCUAAUAUAAUAUUGCAUGAGAUGGACAAUAAUUAUGAAGCUACCAAGCUUCAUUUUGAAAAUCUUAGAGGAAGAUACGGGAAUCCUAUAAUUAUCUUAAACUUGAUUAAGACACGCGAGAGACGAGAGUCUAUACUUCGCCGUGAAUUUGAUAAGGCAAUCAGGGUAAUAAACAAUAGCUUUUCCGAGGAGAAUCAUCUGAGGUUCUUACAUUGGGAUCUUCAUCAAAACUCUCAAGGCAAACCUACAAAUGUGCUCGAUGUUCUGCUGAAAGUGGCAUUCCGGGCUCUGAGUUUAACCGAGUUCUUCUAUUGUCAAGUUGCAUCGGGGUCUGAGACUGCUGCACAUUGGCCCGCUCUGUUGAGUGGUCUUGAUCCAUAUUUAUGUGAUGACAACAGCAAUAGUGACAACACAGAAUGUACUGAUAUUGUUGGUGACAUAUCCCAAGAGGAUAUCUCUGGCAGCUCUGAUUUCUCUGGUAAUGCAACUACAGAAGGCAAAGUUGAGAAUAGUGAACUGCCCCCACUAAAACCACCGAAAUUCCAAAAAGGUGUCUUACGGACAAACUGUAUAGAUUGCUUGGAUCGUACAAAUGUUGCUCAGUAUGCGUAUGGUUUAGCUGCUCUUGGGCAUCAGCUGCAUGCUCUUGGUUCUCUGGAAUCUCCAGAACUUGGUUUAGAAGCUCCCUUGGCUCAUCAUUUGAUGCACUUUUAUGAGAGGAUGGGUGACACGCUUGCUGUGCAGUAUAGCGGUUCGGCUGCUCAUAAUAAGAUAUUCUCUGCAAAGAGAGGUCACCUGAAGCUUUUCAUUCGAUCACAAGAGUUCUUCAGAACACUACAACGGCACUACAGCAACACCUGUAUAGAUGCUAACAAACAGGCAGCCAUAAACUUAUUUCUGGGAUAUUUCCAGCCACAGCAGGGAAAACCUGCGCUCUGGGAGCUAGAAUCAUCUUCUGGGGAGCAUAACAAUGAACUUUUUGAUGACUGCACAAGUACAUUGAAAAGAGUGAAAUCAGAUGGCAGCAUUCUUCGUGAAAGCAACACUUCUAUAUCUGGCUCUGGUUGUUGCCACAAUGAAUUGUUCAAUGCAGCGCAACCUGAUGUUAAGAGCAGGUUACAGUUUCCAAAUUUGGAAUCUGAUUCAAUGCAUGAAAAUGAAAUUUCAUCAGCCUGUGAAAGUGGGGUAUCAAACUUAAGGUAUACUCCCACAGCGCCUCAUAUACUUCAUGUCCCAAGAGCUGAACCUGAAUACGUUAAUGAUUCUGGUGAUUCAAACUUCCUGGAUCUUGAAUGUCUUUCAACUUCAAGUGAUGAAAGGUCUAUUGCAAUAAGCACGUCAGAUGUAAACUUGUCAAACGAGAAUGUCAUUAGUGACAUAAAUCCUGACUGCAAGGAAACCCAAAUUGCUGAAAUCCAGGCUCAGAAGUUACCUGAGCAUUUUGUGCAGUGGGUUAAUCACGGAGACACCUUUUGGUAUUAAGAUUACUCUGGUGCUGUGUCAUGUAACCCCUGGCUACUUGGAAGACCCAGCUUCUCUUUACCAUGUAGUUGUCGGAUAGAUCCGAAUAGGAGACUAGGAGGUGAGAAUGAGCUGGAUGGUACAGCGCUUCAGGUGUUCGUCUUGUGAUAUAUGCAUGCAUCAUCCCAGAGUCCUGUAGGGAAGGAUACCAUCUGUUUAUUUGCUCACAUGUUUUACUAUGGGAAAGUAGAUAUAUAUUUUUCUUUUGAAAGAAAAUAGAGAUGGGUGUGGUUAUUAUUUAUACCAUUGAAAUUGUAUCAUUAUUCAUGGGAACAUGUCAUUUUAUGUGUAAAUAUAUGCUUGAGGUGUUUUUGGUGAAGGUGGAAUGCAAAGCACCAUUUUGUUUGCCCCCAA